AUGGGGCCUCCACUGGAAAAGCAGCUUGAGAUCAAAGAGAAGGAGAUCAGGGCUCUACGGGAGGAGCUGGAAGCCGAACUCUCGAGCCGGGCACUGCCUCCCCUAGAGAAGUCAGCAACGGCCCUCGAAGCGUUGGAUAUGAGGGACAUGGCCGAGCUCAGGGCAACAAAAAAGAUUGAGGAGCCGCUCCAGAAAAUCAUGGCCACCAUCGUGUUCGUCGUAUACAACAUCGAGGUAAAGUCUGAGGGCGAUUGGAGAGGCAAAGUCUCGCAUAGCCUGGUUAGGGACCUGAUGGACUUCGACCGGGACGGCAUCCUUGUGGCGGGCUCUGCUCAGGUGGAGCGGCUCGAGGAGCACUGCGCCGACCAGGAGCUCAGCAUCGAGGCGAUGGAGAAGUUCAAAGGCCCCAGGAUCGCGAAGGCCCUCACGGCCUGGAUCUGGGCGAUGCGCGACUAUGCAGAGUGCGCAAAGGACAUCAAGCCGAGGAUGGACAAGCUGCGCAAGCUCGAAAAGGAGUUCCAGGAGCUACAUAAGGAAAAGGUGGAAAAAGACAUGCAUGAGAAGAUGGAGAAGGCACGCCUCGACGAUUUGUACUUGGCUUGUAGCUUCUGGCUGAAGUCCAGCCGGAAUCACUGCCCGGAUGUUCAGGAUGGCGUGGAGGCAGUGAGCCAAGCUCCGCAGCUUCUCCAGGAAGGCGCUGAGGCGUUCGCGGAAACCGUUGCAUCGAUCCCAGAAGCCGUCCAGGUCGGCGCCCGCCGUGUCCAGGAAGGCCUUGCUGCCGUGGCGCGGAGCGUUUCGCGGUCCUUCUCGGCGGGGCCCUCCUACGCCCAGCGCCACCGGGACAAGGCAAGGGCCGAGGCGCGAGCGGCCAAGGAAGCUGCCAAGCAGUACCAGAAGCUACAAUGGACGGAAGCCAUGGAGCGAAAUCUUCAGAUGCUGAGGACUAUCAUAGAGCAUCGCCACAAUGAGAUCUUGCUGGCGGAGAUGAACGAGGAGUGGGAGAAGAAAGCCGCUUUGGAGGCGGAGCUGAAGGACUUAAAAGUCCGUCAAGCCAGGCUUUCCUGCGCAUUGUGGGCGGAGCCGGAAGAUCUUCCGAGCUCCAUGCAGCUGCUGGAAUCAGACAAGCCCCAAAAGCUUCAGCAAGAGCUGGAAGGGGUCUUGGAGGAGCUCGGGUUAAUUCCGCCGAGAGACCACAGUGUCUUGGACGCGCGCCAGCUGGUCGCGCCCACUCUGGAGCAGGCGAAGGUCCUUGCCGAGACCAAGCCGACGGCUGAACCUGCACCUGAGCCUGCACCCUCCCCCUCCUUGGCCAUCGAUGCACACGCAUCCAACGCAUCUCAGCACACCUUGCCCUUACCCUUGCCUUUGACCGGUCUCCGGCUUCCACUGCGAUCGCCGAUGCAGACAGAGCAGACAGAAGUCGACUCUCCAAGCAAGGCAGCGCCGCACGGCUCGCACUUGGUGCAGAGGGGUCCGCGCCCUCAGACGCCUCGGCGUACAUCUUCCAAUCAGAAAGGCAAGGAGGGAAAAGGUGGCAAGGCCCGCGUAGAUGCAUUUGGGCCUGGGCCGACAGUGGCAGCCGAGCUCAAUGGUCGAGAUACCGAAGCUGCCGGAAAGAGAUUCGUCGAAGUCUGCGUUGAUGCCGAAAGCCGCGAAAGCCAGGGGGGCCAAGGCAGCCAAAGCGGACAGGGCAAGGCUUCCAAGGGUUCGGCCAAAGGCCCGGGGCCACCCGGCAAAGGAAAGGGUGGCAAAGGCCCGAAGGGCCCACCGAUGCCAAAUGGCGCGGGCGCUCCAGGCGACGCUGAAGGGAAGGAAGGGAAGGGCAAGGGAAAGAAAGGACCGGCUCUUCCAGGAGGCAAGGGUGGGCGCAUUCGAAAGGUGACCCCUUUGGGCCGCAGGUUCCAUUGGAAAGAGUUGCCGGCCGACAAGGUUAAGGGCACGGUCUUCGAUGACAUCAACUCGUCCAACAGCUUGGAAGUGCAGUUUGAAGGUCUGAAGAACUAUUUCGCAGACGACGACGAAUUGUCGAAGGCCCCCGGCGCUUCGUCCACGAAGGAUGACUCACCCAUCACUGUCUUCGAGCAGUCGCGCACGCAGAACAUUGCCAUCGUCCUGCGUGGCAUCUUCGGUCAGAUGCCCACCUCGGAGGAGACCGAGGCCCUGGCCCAGGGUUUGGGGGCCGUGGACGCAGCCAGGGCGGGGCCUGUCGCGCAUUGCUUGGAUGCGGAGCGCACGGCACUCUUGCCGACUGCUAUGCCAACCGCCGAGGAGGCGGCCCAGUUGUUGGCGCACCCGCCGGAGCGCCUCCGGAACAUUGAGAGGCUGGUCCUUCCACUGGCGCGCCUGCCCCGCGCCGCAGAGCGGGUGCGCGCGCUGCACUUGUCCGUGAACGCAGAGCGGGAUGCCGCGAUGCUGCAGGCCCGCUUGGAUGCCUUGAGCACUGCCUGCAGCGCUCUCCGCGGAUCCCUAGCUUUGAGGCGCUUCCUGCGGACAGUCGCCAAACUGGGGAGCUGGAUCAACUCUGCUGACACGGAGAUGGAGAAAGGUUUUGCAGUUUCUUCGGCGCUUGGGAAACUGCGUGUCUUCCGGGCUUUGCGGAACGACAAGACCGUCUCGCUGUUGCACAUGGCGCUGUUGGCUGCGUCUGGCGGCGAGGUCAGCGUUCUCCGGGGCCUUUGCUCCAGCUUCGCCCUGGAGUUGGAGGCCUUGGAGCCAGUUGCCCGCGAAGAGUUGGCGGACCUUGACAAGGCCAUUCUGCAGUUUGCUGCCGAGGAGGCGUGGCUGCUAACAGAAGCCGACGAGCCUGCAAACUCCAUCGCCGUGCGGGCCAAGCUUCGCGCCAUACACCAGGAGCUACUGCUUCCUGCUCGUGAACAGCUGCAGAGGGCCUGGGCGGCGCUCCGCAUCGACCUGAGCGUCACGCUGCGCUACUUCGCCGAGGCCGAGACUCCGUCCCUCGAAGCGGCGGCGGAGCAGCUCUUUCAGACCUUGCACGCCUUUCAAAAGGAUGUGGCCACUGCAGCCUCAGAGAUUAUGGCACAACCUCGUCGCUUUUUGAAGGCGUACGCAGCGGGCGGGGAGGAGCAACGCGAUCCGGAACCCACUCCGGACAAAGUGCGGGCCCGGAGCGCCUCGGCAGCGAAGUUGGGGCGCCAGCUGCAGAAAGGUAUGUCCUUGGCCGACCGGGUGGCCCAGCAGACCUCGACCAACAGCACUCGGGCCGACAACCGCGGUCCCUCCAAGACACAAGCCGUGCUGACGGAGGUACAAGCUCCGAAGCCAGAUGGCCGGACGGAGCAGCUGGGGUGA